AUGCUGCUCAAGUUGGUCUGCGAUGACGGCUGCGGCUUCGUGCGGCGUCUGGGGGCGACGGAGAUGUGCGUCGGGUGGGUCGUUGCGGAGGACGUUCCCCUCUGCGACGCCGCGCAGGUUGUGGCGCUUAACGCAGCCAUCGACGAGGGGCGCCGUGAGACGGGCGACUCCACCGCAGCCGCGGCAGCCACGAAAACAAUGGAGCUCCCGAGCCUAAGCGAGUACGCCCUUUUGUCGCCCGCGUCCGGGCAGCCGCUCGACGUGCGCUGCACCCCGAACGAGCUUGGCCUGAAGAGUGGCGCCACCCUGCAGCUCGUGUGCACGGCAGGGCAGCCGCGCAGACGGCGAGGUCUCUCUCCCGGGACGAGUCCCUCGCGGCGGCGGCAGCAGCAGCGCGAGCCGCCGGCCGCCAACACGGAGGAUGACACGGAGGAGGAGAACGAUGAGGUUUACGCCUCGCGCGGGUUUGGGUGGUUUCCGUUUCUGCUGCGUCCACGCGAGGGGGAGCCGCUGGUGCUGAUGAGCGAUCCGCGCACGCCUGUGCAAGAGACCGACGCGCAGCCCAAUGCGCGGCCGCUGUGCGAGACCUGCGCCGCCCUCGUCUCCCACGGUGAGGCCCUCCGCGUCGCCGUCGACCCCCACUACAAGCCGAUGCUGAUGCGUCAGGACUACCUUGAGAUGGCCAUGGAGAAACUUGGCGGCGGUCAGCUGCAUCGCUGGCAGUCUCGCUUUAUACAAAUGUCGGAGAAGUCGAUUGACUGGUUUCUGGAGAAGCCCAAGCCGGGGGUCAAGAGCCGCAUUCACGGCCACCGCUACAUCGUACGCGACGGGGAGUGCCAGGUGGAGACGCUGAUCCGCCACCCCGACCCGGAGAAGUACCCACACUGCAGGGACAAGCACUUCAGCUGCUUCGCGGUGGCCUUCCGCAACCCCGGCAAGACGUACUUUUUUCGCGUCAAGACGGAGCAGCAGCACGAGCUGGCGGUCGGCUUCCUCGAAAAGUGCAUUAGGCGCGUGACGGAUCGCGCCCCCGCGCGUAACCCUGUCACGUGGAAGCAGCGGGUCGACCAGUUCCUCGUCAACGCGGCGCAGCUGGGCGAGGUCUACUCCACCAGCCGCAUGUCUAUUGAGGCGCUACAGUCGCGGAUGCACUCCCUCGAGCAGGAGCUCGCCGAGGCGCUAGAGCUAAAGCCGAGGCUGCUGGCCGCGGUCGACACGCAGACGAGUUACGUGCAGGCGCUUUGUGGGGAGUUGGCCGGCUACGAGGCGGACCUGAAGCGGGCAAAGCAGCGGGUGCGGGCGGCAGAGGCCCGCGUCGCCGAGGAGGAGCGGCUGCUGCAGGAGCAGCAGACCGAAAUGGGCGACGAGGUCCACAAGGUGGCGCUUCUAACACAGUACGCCCUGCGGCAGCGCGAGGGGGCCGAAAAACGCAUGGCGGAACUCCGUGAGCGGGCCGCGGCGCUGCAGGAGGAAGAAACCGCCGUGUUCCGCAGGUGGUGUCGUCUGGAGGAGCGACACCGCGUACGGCGGGAGGCGUUGCCGCGCAGCGGGCUGUACUCCUUCUCUGAAGACGGCGUCGGCGUUCCCUCCGGCACCCCGCGUCUCUCGAUGGAGCUUGCGGCGUCGGCGGCGCGACUCACGCUGAACUCGGACUCGCCCUGCAGCCUCGCCACCGCGUUACCGUCGCCGCAGCGCCAACUGGUGUACUCCACAAGCCGUGAACGGGAGCCCUGA